AUGUCCUGGAAAAGGACCGCUGCUGCUCCCGUUCCGCCGGAUAGACCUGCUGCUGGUGGUGGCUCCCAUGUCCCUGGUGCUGCCUCCCCUUCUCCGGUACCAGGCACAGCUCCAAGAGCCGGGGUGAAUCGGGUCUGGGUCAAUGCGGAAGCCGGAGGGCCAAGCAACGGUCCUAGCAGCGCGACCCGCCAAACCACGACGGCUCUGGCGAGAGGCAGUGCGGCCCAGGCCGUCAUCAGCACGAAGUCCAAGACGGGCAACCGCAACCGGGUGUGGACCAACAGCAGCACUACUGCUGCCCAAAUCGCCGGUACCAGCAAUGUCGCUACGAAGAAGCCCGUGGGGGGACCCCCGCCCCCAAGCACGCCCGCCGCCGUGUUCCGAGGUGGAUCGUCGGCCGCGCAACCACGAAGGGGUCCCGGCCACAACCUCGUGUGGACGAAGGCGACAGGAAGAGGGGAGACAGCAGGAGGCCCCGCUCGGUCCGAUUCCCGUGGGGUUGCGCCAGCUAGCAGCGCAGGUGGUAAUGGAAACAGUAGCACCGCGAGGUCGUGGAAGGAACAGCCGCCGUCAGCCGGAGCUACAGCAAUCAGCAGUAGAAACGCGCAUUCGUCGGUGGCCGGAGGAGCGGCGGCUUCAUCGAGAGUUACUCCGGCUCCGUUGGCCGCUGCUGUGUCGAAAGCUCCUGCAGCCGCCACAGCAGCGAGACCGAAGCCCGCGGCCGCCGCUCCGCCGUCUUCUCCGACGAAACCAGUCGCGAGAUAUUCGGGUUCGGCUGUUGGGCGGAGUUCUGCAACGACCGCUGCCGCUGUAACGGCCCCAGCUCCGUUUGCGUCGGCCGCCGCUCUGUCGAAAGCUCCCGCCGCUGCCGCCGCGCGCCCGAAGCCCGCGGCCGCCGCUCCGCCGUCAUCCCCGACGAAACCAGUCGCGAGAUACUCGGGUUCGGCCGCUGGGCGGAGUUCUGCAGCAGCCGCUGUGGCGGCCCCGGCAGGGGCGGCGCCCGUUCCUGUGACGGCGUCAAAGCCGCUUGUCGCGCGAUACUCGGGGUCGGCGGCCUCCCAACAGCGUAGAGCCGCCGCCGCUGCCGCCGCCGCCGUCGUCGCGACGCGUGCCGGGAAAGGUCCGCCGUCGAGACAAGCCGGCGGGCAGCAAGUCGCGCGGUACUCGGGGGGGGCGGCAGCGCGAGGCGGUGCUCAUUGCAGCAAGAGCAAGGCCUUCGGGAGGGGGGGCGCGGUUGGCAGGACGUUCGGGCGCGCCGGCAGGGGCGUGGUUGCCUGGAGAGGCCGGGGAAGGACCGGAACGGGCGCCGGCGCGAGAGGCCGAUACAAGUCACCUCGAGGCCUUCUUGCCUCGCAGGGGGGGUGGGCGGCGUGGCAUUUCAACGGUAGAGGCUGGGGGCGAGCGCACUCUAGUCAUUCAGCAUGGGCACCGGCGACGGCGCGCUUCGGGGCGUAUCCCACUUCGCAAUGGGUGGCAGGCCAGUGGGUUCAUCCGUGGGCCGGCUGGAGGGGGCGGGGAAGGGGGCGGGGAAGGGGGCGCGGACGGGGCUUGUAUUCCUCGGCGGCUGGCCGUUCGCGACAAGCACCCCGGAGCAAGCACGUGCGGUUUAAGAACAGGACUCUUAUUCGCGCCCGCAGCCUUCUACCGCAGCAGCGCGGCGCGGCGAUGACAACGGCAGCGACAAUACUGGGUGCGGUUGCUCGACGCGCCUCUUUCGGCGCGACAAGCCGUUUCGCAAAACUGGGCGGGACCGCUGCUUCGUCGACGAAGUUCGUCCGUGGCGGCAAGCACGGCAUGGCCAUCCGGCGUGUCGACAGCUCUGCCCUUGCGGCCCGUAGGGCCGCCGCUGCCGCAGCCGCCGCAGCCGCAGCCUCGACCCCGGCUGCCAAGAGGCUCAAGAUGUCGAUCGACAGAAAAACCAGUAGCGCACAGGACAAGCCAGCUCGGGCGACUGGAGACGGAAACGCUCCUUCGAAAGUAUUUCCGCUUGCGGGGAGGGCGAAGGCCACCGCAGUUGCGAAGAGCGGCGUUGCGGCGACGCAGGCGGCGUCGGCGCCGUCGCCGGCGGCCGCCCGGCGGAAAGCGGCUCUGCUGGGCAAGGCGGCCGCUCGCGCGCGAAGCGUGACGUCGAGGAGGGCGGCGGCAGUGGUUGCCGGCGCCCGCGCCAAGCGGACCCGCCUGCAGGUCGUCCGCAACAUGACGCUGUACCGCGGAAAGGGGCAGGUGGCCGUGGUCGGCACCGGCAAGGAGGCGGCGUCGGCUGCUGCUGCCAAGAAGAAGAGCAACAAGAAGACGAAGACGGCCGAGCCGUGCCUCUUCUUCUGCAGGUUCGGCAAGUGCUCCAAGUCGGACGAGGAGUGCCGCUACGUCCACGACAGGGCCAAGGUGGCGGUGUGCCGCGCGUUCCUGAGAAAGGGCGGGUGCGACAAGGGAAACAAGUGCCUGCUGACGCACGCCGUCCAGGCGGAGAAGAUGCCGGUCUGCAUCUACUUCGAGAAGGGAAUGUGCUUCACGCCCAACUGCCCGUACCUGCACGUGAAGGUCUCUCAGAACGCGGCGGUCUGCCCCAGAUUCUUGAAGGGUUAUUGUCCGGACGGAACAGCCUGCAGGCUCAAGCACGAGCUCCCAGACCCCAGGAAACGGGCGAGGGAUGUUACCACUGGAGGCGACCAUGGCGGCGGCGACGAUAAUACCACCCUCAAGAAGAAGACACGGACGACAUCAUCGGCUUCGGAGACAGGCGCGGGAGAAGACGGUUCGGCUGCGGCUUCAGCGGCGUCAACGGCGACGGUCGACGGUGGCGGCGGCGUGGGUCCCUCCGAAGGUAGGUCAGGUAAGUCGGUGGUUUUGCUGCCAUCAAGCGCGGCGGCGGCGGCGGCGGCGGAGGCGGAGGCGGAGGUCGCCAUGGGUGGGGGAGGAGUGCGGGGGGAAAUUGCAGAGCCAGCGCCCAACAGCGACGGGGGCCCCGCUGCUGCGACAACUGGGGGUGCGCGGGAGGGGGGUGGGCCUGUUCCUGGGGAGGUAGGGGGGAGACAGGGGACACGGGGGUCGCCGGCAGGUGUCGGGCAAGUUCGUAAGGGGCCAGACGGGGAAGACGAUGAUGAUGAUGAUGAUGAUGAUCUCAAGCCCGUCUUUCUCCGCAAGCGCAAGAAGAGAUAAUGGAGGGCGGCGAUCUCUUGUUCGUUUCUUGCUAGAAGCUGAAAGUAGCUGGCGCCGCACGUGGACGGCGGCGAUGACAAGCCGUCGGGAAGAAGCCGAAGUUUCGAUAGAGUGUGUGGUGAAGGAGGCAACGGCGGACGGCAGCGGGCGGGUGGGGAAUGUAAAUAUGUUGCGGAAGUCUGUCGAGCGGUGUUGAUAUUGUGUGCUGUUGGUGUUGUCACACUCCGUGACCCUUGUGUACCUCGUAUCCCGUAAUCUUCGAAGGCAAAGACAGGGAUUGUUGUCGUUGCCACAAGUUAAUCCCAAGAGACAUAUGCUAGAGGCAGACCGUGAGAAAAAAAAGUCUAGAAUCGUUCGUGAACAGCAGUUUGAGGUUUUGUCGGUGUUGUAGCCUGCAAGAGGAGAUGCUUGGAGCUUGGGCAGACGCUGGGCUACCAGGAUUUGUGGUAGGAUAAAGAGAGCGUAGAGACGAGCGGCAUUAUUUUUUUCCGUGAGAGGACGGGCAUGAAGUUUAUUUAGCAAGAACUUUAGAGUCCGCUCUAAGCUUGCUUGUUCUAUAGCUCUGUGUUAUGUGUUUGUUGCCGGGAAAGUUGCUGUUCUCGUUGGGCGUGUUUUGCAGUUCUGCCGCCACUACUUGAACAACACAGCAGUAGCGACGAAUGAUUAAAGAUGUGGCGGGAUCUCUGGCCAGUCUUUGUGCUAAGUGUUGGUUGUCUUUGGGC